AUGGCUCCGCCCGGAUCCUCCAUGUCUUCUUCGCAUCGCAGCGCUGGUCGCAGCAACACGACCACCAAUCCCGCCUCGAGCACCAGUAGCAAGUCGCCCAUCAAGUUGUCUCUUAGCACGAAGAACUUGCGACCGAAAGCCAGUCUCAACCGCGAUGAGCACAGCUCUGGUGGCUACUCAGCCUCACCCAUGUCGCCAGACACCACCAUACAUCCGCCGCGAACAAGUUCAAGACAGAAGAUACGCGAUAAUGUGUCGAAUCCGAACUCUGUAACGCCGUCGGUGAAGACCUCAUCUACUGGAAACCAUGCCAAGUUACACAAACGUGGGACAUCUGCAUCCUCGUUGCCCGGACCACCAUCUCCCUUUGCUGGGAUGCAUUCGCAGUUUAGCACACCUUUUGCAACGUACGAGGAACCAUUUCCUGAUGUUGGGGCAGCUUCAACAUCAGGUUCGGGUGUGCCAAAGAUCAAGCCAUACCUCAGGAAGAUGUCUAUCGCCAAAGAAGAUCAAGGCAUGAUCGAUCUGUCCAAGAGCACGACCGAGAAUGAUCGUCUAGCAGGCUUGGGUAUACAGGAUUUUGGAGCAAAGUCUGCUAGCGAUGUGAGCUUCGCGCAUAUGAGACGCGGUCAUCAUGGACGAAACACCAGUGGUGGCUCGCAGAUCAGCACUGCGAGCGCUAAACCGUUCAUACAUCCAAUGGCCAAGACACCGAGGCCCUAUACACCGCCUGGUAGAAGUUACGCGAGCUCGAUCAACGACGAAGAGGCCAACGAGAGUGAUGACAUCGUGGAUGAUGACUUUCGACUAGGGAAUGGUUUCAGGACAAGACGGAGCAUGUCUAUAUCUUCGGUGCCUGCACUGAUGCCGACCCCAUUAUCGCAGUCGCAUACUGCUGACGAACUAGGCCUCGUGCCAAAGCUCACGAGCACGUCGCAGUCGAACCUUUCCACCACCUCCGACAAGUCCUCGAGGUCGAGACAAACCCGGCCUCGUGGCAACACCGAUCUCUCGCAAGAGCUUGCUCUCAGUCCAUCCUCGAGGACCAGCCUCGAUAAGGCUUUCAGCUUCGUGUCGAAGCGCAAUAUCUCCGACCCAGAACCGCAGACCCGCGAUGAAAAGAUCCGUGAGGCUAGACGAAAGUUCGAGGAGAAAGAGGCCAACAAAGAUAGGAAGAUUGAGCGUAAGCGUCGUGAUUCAGAAGCAAAGCAGAGGUCACGUCAGAAUUCGUCGGUGCUCCCUGGAUCGCCACUUAAACCUGCUCUGAAGCAGGUCGAUAUCACCAAGAAGCAGCGGCGCAUGUCAGCUGCCGCUACUGCAGGUGCCCAGGCGGUGGAUGAGAAACGCUCCGGCAAGGCUGGGGACCUUCAAGCGAUGAGCUAUGAGGAGCAUCGCCCCGCCAAUACAGCGUCUCUACCUCGCUAUGGCGAUGCACCUGGGGAAAGUGAGAAGACUUCUCGAUACGCCUACGAGUCGCGUCCUGUGGGCCAAGGCAAGGCUGCUGGGGUUGGGAUGCGCUUCUCGACGUGGCUCCAGACCCGGAUGCUGAGUUGCGGUGGGAAGGAAUGA